AUCAGCUCCCUUACAUUGUCACUUGGCAGGACCUUGUAGAAGACCCACCCUCUUGGCUUAAGCCCUUCCUAACCCUGCUCCCUCCGGAGCCAAAACCCAUUCUUGCUUUGCAGGAGACAGAGAAGAGGAAAAGUCUUACCCAGCCUUCAGCACCCCUCUACCCUGUCCUACAGGGGGGUACUGAAGAAGAAUUAAUUUUUCCUCCCCCGUAUAACCCCUCUAGGAUGCCGGAAGAACACCAUCCUCCCCCUCGGGGGGAGGCAGACGCUGUUCCGAGAGCGGGAGGCGGAAACGUUCCAGGGGGAAGCCCGCCCUUUACCAGACAAAGGGCUCAGAGGGGGCAAUCCGCCUCCACUGCCGACUCCACUAUUCUGCCCCUGCGAGCCACCGGACCCCCAGACGCGGAGGGGAAUCAGCCCCAUCACUAUUGGCCUUUCGCCACUAGUGACCUCUACAAUUGGAAAGCUCAGAAUCCUAAGUUUUCCGAGAAACCGGCAGGGCUUAUUGAUUUAUUAGACUCUGUUCUUUUUACCCAUCAGCCCACGUGGGAUGAUUGCCAGCAGCUUUUGCAGGUCCUGUUCACGACUGAAGAAAGAGAAAGAAUCCUCAGUGGGGCCCGAAAACUAGUUCCAGGCGCAGACGGGAAUCCCACCACCAACCAGGCUCAGAUAGAUGCCUCCUUCCCCUUAACUCGGCCCCAGUGGGAUAUCAACACGGCAGAAGGUAAGGAGAGGCUCCGGGUCUACCGCCAGACUCUAAUGGGGGGUCUCCGAAUGGCUGCUAGAAAGCCAACCAAUUUGGCCAAGGUAGGAAAUGUACAACAGGGAAAAGAUGAAUCUCCGGCUGCCUUUUUAGAACGGAUCAUGGAGGCAUUCCAUACCUAUACCCCCAUGGAUCCAGAGGCUCCGGAAAGCAAGGCAGCUGUUCUCAUGGCCUUUGUAAACCAAUCGGCCAUAGACAUUAGGAGAAAAUUACAGAAAAUAGAUAGACUAGGAGAAAAAAGUCUGCAGGACUUACUGGUGGUAGCCGAAAAGGUAGAUAAUAACCGGGAGCCUCCUGAGGACAAGCAGGCUCGCGCCAUGGCGGCUGCCAGCAGUAAGCAGACUCGAGGCCUGGCCAGAAUACUACUAGCUACCACUGCUGACUUCCCCGAGGAACGAGACCGCCGUCUCCGGCAGCUGGCAGACGACACAAGAAAAGGUAAAAGCACCAAGGGGGGGAAGCAGAGGCUGCAGAAGGAUCAGUGCGCAUACUGCAAGGAGAUAGGGCAUUAGGCCCGAGAUUGUCCAAAAAGAGCCAGCGGGAAGGGAAGCAAGACUGACCGAGUAAAAGUCCUAGAGCUGGAUGAACUAAGUGAUUAGGGGAGCCAGGGUUCGGACCCUCUCCCCGAACCCAGGGUAACUCUUAAAGUGGAGGGGACCCCUAUUGACUUCCUUGUCGACACCGGAGCACAACAUUCGGUCCUCCGCACCCCACAAGGAAAACUAGCCAGCAAGAAGUCCUGGGUACAAGGGGCAACUGGUAUGAGCCAGUAUUCAUGGACUACCUGAAGAACAGUAGAUUUGGGAACGGGCCGGGUAUCCCACUCCUUUAUGGUAAUACCAGAAUGCCCCUACCCACUGUUAGGACGGGACUUACUGACCAAGAUUGGAGCUCAGAUAACUUUCAGACAAGGGGGGCCUCAGGUCACCGAUGGCAAGGGCCACCCCAUCCAGGUCCUGACCAUGAAACUGGAGGAUGAAUACCUCCUCCACCAGGAGGCGCUCCCAAGAGAGGAUAAUAUAGACAGAUGGCUACGAGAAUUCCCCUCAGUUUGGGCAGAGACAGGGGGGAUGGGACUAGCCGCUCACAGGACCCCAGUCCUGGUAGAGCUCAAGCCAGGAGAGAGUCCGGUAAGGAUCAAACAAUACCCCAUGUCUCAGGAGGCCUGGAAGGGGAUCCAGCCACACAUCCGGAGACUACGAAGCCUAGGGGUACUAGUUCCUUGCCAGUCUGCCUGGAACACCCCCUUACUGCCGGUCAAAAAGCCUCACACAAAUGACUACCGACCGGUACAAGACCUCCGGGAAGUAAAUAAGAGGGUCGUGGACAUACACCCAACUGUUCCCAACCCAUAUACUCUCUUGAGCUCCUUGGCGCCCUCCAGGGUCUGGUAUACUGUACUAGAUUUAAAGGACGCCUUCUUCAGUCUGCUGCUGGCACCCCAGAGCCAACCCUUGUUCGUCUUCGAGUGGCAUGAUCCGGAGGAGGGCUCCAGUGGGCAACUCACCUGGACACGGCUACCUCAGGGAUUCAAAAAUUCACCCACCAUCUUUGACGAGGCUCUACACGAGGACCUGGUAUUUACAGACACCUUCUCUGGCUGGGUGGAGGCCUACCCAACCAAGCAUGAAACGGCUCAGACGGUGGCUAAGAAGCUACUAGAAGACAUCUUACUCAGGUAUGGUUUUCCUGCCAUGGUAGGAUCAGACAAUGGACCAGCUUUUAUCUCGCAGGUAACACAGGCAGUAGCCAAGGCGGUGGGGGCAAACUGGAAAUUACAUUGUGCUUAUAGGCCCCAGAGCUCAGGACAGGUAGAAAGAAUGAAUAGAACCCUAAAAGAGACCCUUACCAAAUUAACCAUGGAGACUGGCGGGGACCGGGUGACUCUCCUACCGUACGCCCUUUACCGGGUUAGAAACACUCCUUACACUCUGGGUUUUACUCCCUACGAGAUCAUGUUUGGCAGGCCACCCCCUGUUAUUCCCAGCCUUCGAGCUGAACUUAUUGCUGAGUUUAAAGAUCAAGAACUUUUUCUUUCCUUGAGCGGGCUCCAGAGGGCGCACGAGGACAUUUGGCCGCGCCUCCGUGCCAUCUACGAGGCUGGCCCGAUCCCGACACCUCAUCAGUACAGGCCAGGAGACUGGGUCUACGUCAAGAGGCACCACUGAGAGACUCUCGAGCCGCGCUGGAAGG